GGUGGUGAAUCAGAACUAGUGCUAUUGAAAGAAACGGGAUGAUGAGAGAGAAAGAACUCUCGCUCCUCCUCGUCUCCUCUCCCUCCGUAUGUUUCUCCUGGUCCACUCUCUAUAUCCCCCAGCUCUUAUCCAUUCCUCCUAGAACAAGGGCUAUACCAAGCUCAUCAUCAACCGGAAGAUGAGCUCCGAGGAGUCCCUCAAAUCCCUCUCCAUGGACUACCACAAUCUCCUCAUCAAUGGCCAGGCCUUCAGCGACGUCGCAUUCAGCGUGGACGGCCGCCUGGUCCACGCGCACCGCUGCGUCCUCGCCGCGCGCAGCCUCUUCUUUCGCCGCCUCUUCUGCGGCCCCGACCCCCCGCCGGGGCUCAACCUGCUCGACCCCCACCGCCAGCUCGAGCUUAGCCCUCGCUCCCUCCCGGGGCCGACCUCGGGGAGGGUGGGUGCGAACGCAGGGAUGGUGAUCCCGCUGAAUUCGGUGGGCUACGAGGCGUUCCUGCUGCUGCUCCAGUUCCUCUACAGCGGGCAGGUGUCCGUCGUGCCGCCGAAGCACGAGCCCCGCCCUGAUUGCAGCGAACGCGGCUGCGGCCACACUCAUUGCACCUCCGCCAUCGAUCUCGCGCUCGACACCUUGGCCAUCGCCUGGUCCUUCGGUGUCGAGGAGCUUGCCUUGCUCAUUCAGAAGCAAUUGGAGAGCAUGGUGGAGAGAGCAUCCAUCAAGGAUGUGAUGAAGGUCCUCAUGGCCGCACACAAGCAGGACAUGCGCCAGCUCUGGACCACCUGUUCCCACCUCAUCGCCGACUGCGGCCUCCCGCCGGAGGUCCUCGGCAAGCAUCUCCCCAUCGACAUCGUCGCCAAAAUUGAAGAGCUCCGCCUCAAGCCCGGCCGCCGCUCCUUCCUGACCCACGACUCCCUCCCCACCCACCACUACUUCCCAGCCGCCCCCACCGCUGGGCCCGAUGACCACCACAAGAUCCACCGCAUGCGCCGUGCUCUCGACUCAUCCGACAUCGAGCUCGUCAAGCUGAUGGUGAUGGGGGAGGGGCUCGACCUCGACAAUGCCCUCGCCGUCCACUAUGCCGUACAAAACUGCAGCCGCGAGGUCGUGAAGGCCCUGCUCGAGCUUGGAGCAGCCGACGUCAACUGCCCGGCGGGGCCUGCCGGGAAGACACCCCUGCACAUUGCGGCCGAGAUGGUGAAUCCCGACAUGGUCUCCGUCCUCCUGGACCACCAUGCCGAUCCGAACAUCCGGACCAUUGAUGGCGCGACCCCGCUCGACAUCCUCCGCAACAUGACCUCUGACUUCCUCUUCAAGGGAGCGAUCCCGGGGCUGUCCCACAUUGAGCCCAACAAGCUCAGGCUGUGCCUCGAACUAGUCCAGUCUGCUGCGAUGGUUAUAUCCCGGGAAGAGGAUGCGGCCGCUGCUGCCACCGCAGCCUCCGCUACUGGAGGCGGUGCUAGCGGUGGAAGCAAUCCUAACCCAGCCAUCUACCAGUCAAUGAGUGCUGAAGGGAGCGACUGCAAUAUUGUCAGCAACACUGACAGCAGUAUGCCUAGCCUUAGUUUGGAUUCAAGGAUGGUGUACUUGAAUCUAGGAAUGGCUGCUGCUUCUCAUUUGGGCCGUAGGAUCGGCGAUGGAAGCCAGGGCAGUAACGGAAGUGGGUCACAAGGAGGCAGUGAGAUUGGCCCAUCAUCCAUGUUUUCUCAUCAGGACUUCCCAUAGCCACCUUGUAAGCUAGAGCGACUGUUUCCUCGCCCGCCCCAAUCUAUAUUUCUUUCUCUUUAUAUCUCGGCAAGGCAGGAACUAGAAUGGGAUUAGUUAGGGUGGAGGAGAUGGAAUCUUCUUCUCAUAUAAGUUAAGAAUUUUGUCCAUUCUAUAUCGUCGUGAGGUUGUGGUUCUGUUUUCAUUUACUUAUGUUGGAAUGAUUGGGGUGGUUCAAGUGCAGUAUUAAGUCUAGUAUCUAAUCUUGGAUUUCUUUUCUAUUUGAGAACUUCAGUUCCAUUUUUUUAUCUAUUUAAUACUGUAUGAGUUUUGGCUAUGGGGGGUGCACGAGCAUGUGAGGCAUUCGAAGAAGGAGACAAGGAGA